AUUGCUGGAAUCAAUGUUCUUCGUAUUAUCAAUGAACCAACAGCAGCAGCCCUUGCUUAUGGCCUCGACAAGAAUCUCAAGGGUGAGAAGAACGUUUUGAUCUUUGAUCUAGGUGGUGGAACAUUCGAUGUCUCUAUUCUGACCAUCGACGAAGGUUCUCUCUUCGAAGUUAAAUCAACGGCAGGAGACACUCAUCUCGGUGGUGAGGACUUUGACUCUCGACUUGUGGAUCAUCUCUGCAAGGAAUUUGAGAGGAAAUACAAGAAGAGCAUGAAGACCAACCCCAGGGCACUGAGGAGACUUCGCACAGCAGCUGAGCGAGCAAAACGCACAUUGUCAUCUAGUAGUGAAGCCACGAUCGAGAUUGACGCACUCUUCGAGGGCAUCGACUUCUAUACAAAAGUCUCGAGGGCUCGAUUCGAAGAACUCUGUGCAGAUCUCUUCAGGGCAACUUUGGACCCCGUGGAGAAGGCACUGACUGAUGCUAAAUUGGACAAACAAUCGAUCCACGAUGUGGUGCUAGUUGGUGGCUCCACCAGAAUUCCGAAGAUCCAGUCACUGCUGCAGAACUACUUCUGUGGAAAGACGCUGAAUCUUUCUAUCAAUCCGGAUGAGGCCGUUGCUUAUGGAGCAGCUGUUCAGGCAGCUAUUCUCACUGGUGAAGGGCAGAAGAGCCAGUCUCUUCAGGAUGUUCUACUCGUGGAUGUGGCUCCAUUGUCCUUGGGAAUUGAGACCGCUGGUGGAAUGAUGACGAAUAUCAUUGAGAGAAAUUCCAGAAUUCCAUGCAAACAGAGUCAGACCUUCACGACUUAUGCUGACAAUCAGCCAGCUGUGACUAUUCAGGUGUACGAGGGUGAACGUGCCAUGACGAAGGAUAAUAAUCUCCUUGGAAGGUUUGAG